GAGUGAAAAAAUGUCAUUAGCAUCUAUUGAACGUAAAAACUUAUCAAAAGAAGAAUUAGAAAAAAUACAACCUGAAUAUAAAAUUGAUAUUCUCUUUUGUAUUAAUGACAUAGAAUAUUUUAGUUCAGAAACAUACGUUGAUAAAAAUUCAUAA